CUUUUUCACUCUGACAUUGAACUCGAGAAACAGGGGAAAAAGGAUUUGAUUUUUUCUCUUUUGUAUUAUGGGCUCGGAGACGGGUUCAUCGCCGUCGUCUGCUCCGGCGAUCGCAGCAGCGGCAGCAGCAUCGUCAUCAUCAGCCACAUCGUCCCCAACUGGUACUGGUAAGAGAAAUAGAGACCCAGAAGACGAGGUUUAUGUCGAUAAUCUUCACUCUCACAAACGUUAUCUUAGUGAGAUAAUGGCAUCAAGUUUAAAUGGAUUGACAGUGGGAGACACCCUACCAGAUAAUAUAGUGGAUUCUCCAUCAAGAUCCGAAAGCAUGCUCUACAUCAGGGACGAGAUGUCCUUUCAAUAUUCACCAAUGUCAGAAGAUUCAGAUGAUUCACGGUGUUAUGAGGCUUUGACGAAUACCAGCUCACCCCAACGUGAGAGCGCACCAACUAGUCCAGUCUCACCCUACCGAUAUCACAGACCAAUGAAUGGGUUCUCAUCAUGCCCUCCCUCCACAUCAUAUCCGUCACAUUCCUGCAACUUCCCUCCAGCCACAUCCUCCCAGCCUCGUCAACGAGGCUCUGAUUCUGAGGGUCGAUUUCCAUCAUCACCCAGUGACAUAUGCCACUCUGCUGACUUAAGGAGAGCUGCACUUUUGCGGUCUGUGCAAAUGAGGACUCAACCUCCUGGACCAACAUCAUUUGAAUUGCAUUUUACUCCAGGGCAGGAACCUAAUCAUAUGGAGACCGAGGACCGGCCUUGUUCCUACAUGAAGUCUUUAGUUGAUGAGAGAGAAUAUAAGAUUGAAGAAUGCUCCUCAAUGAGUGUAUCAGCACCCGAAAAUGGGGAAGAUCCCUGUAGAAUUUUGAAUAUGGGACCAAAAGAAGAUGAAUCUGUAGAUUAAACACAGUAUGUGUCGUUGUCCUUAAUAAGGACUUCAGUUACUGCACUGUGCAUGACUAGAACUUUCAGAGGAUCG